GAAAUAAUUGAAUGAAUCCGACACUCGCUGCCUGUGCAAAGCCUGAGCCAAAGCCAGCAUAACAACGACACAUUUUGCCUCAACCCACUACACACCAUGCUUGGAUAUCACCAUCAUCCUUGACAGAUACCAAAUCACUCUCACACUCACCAUCAUCUUGCCAUGACUAUGAGAGAGGACCUCCUGUUCGUUCAGAGCAUCUCGACCUGUGCUCUCCCCUCACUUGAAGCACAAUCAUGGCGGAGUUCAUAACGACGUUGCAAGAGAUCAAGCAACUCCCUGCUGGAAAACACCUUCUCUGUCCUCGAGAAAACGACGAUGACCCCGACCGUUACGAAGAUGAGCGGGAUCCGGACGCAGAUGUCGAGGGCAAGGAUGAUCCGGAGAGAAAUGCCAGAAUUGAAGAGACCAAGGCCCGGAGAAAAAAGUUCAUUUCAUCGCUGCAACUUCUUGCCUACGACGGAUCUCAGAGCGAACAAUAUCAAAACUUCAUCUGGGACACCCUUGACGAGGCCUUGGCCAAAUGCGACAUCUGCAUUCGCGAAUACUACAUAGCAAAAGUGGACUUCUUGACUGCCCUGAGAGAAGAGUAUGAGGAGGAAGACAUCAAGAAUUUCUUUUCCAUCAUCAACCGACGAGAUGUCCAGCGCAUUAUUCGAGGUCUCGACUCUGCAGACAAGACUCUCCAGAGCCUGCCGGAACCGCAGAGACAGACCUCAGCCUUGACACCCAAGGAUUUGCAUGCCCUGUACGAGGCGCUCAUAUGCGAAGUGUUUCUGCAAAACGAAACCCUGCUCAAGCAACAUUUUGAUGGACCGUUCAAGGCAAUUCAAGCCAAGAGGCCGCUUAAGAUGCGGGAAAUACUGCCAGCCGCCACGAGAUUCUUGUUCUCCACCAACUCGGUACGCCUUAAUUGGGCGAGUUCGAUCUGGAAGCGGCUCGAUAGAUUCUUGAGGGAUAUUGAAUGGGACUGGGCGAUCAAGGACUUUCUUCAAGAGAAGCUACAACAAACCUCGGACCCGAGCGACGUUACCAGAUUAUGGUCUGCCCUCAAGCUCGUAGUCAGCAAACUCGACGAACGAAUGAUCACAUACAAGCUGUUCGACUUGCAGCCGAAUAUCUGUACCACUGCCCUCAACCACCUGGCCAAACGGUCGGGAGCGAUCCCCUUUAUUGUUCAGACUUUGCAAGAUAUACUCGACAAAGCACCUGAUGCAUUUUGGCAGGCAAUGGGCUCGAUUUCUUCGCAGACCAUUGUUGAACAGGUCUUUGCCAGCCCUCAAUUCAACAAGCACCUCCAGGACUUUGUCAAACCCGACCCUAGGCCCAAUAUCAAGGCCGAUAACGACGUGAUUUCUUGGAUCUCCUCGUUCUUGUUGUCUCUCAAGCCGGCCAAUCGACCAGCGGCUGCCCAGACCAUUGUUGCUCAACUGUUCGACCGCAUCGAUAACCGGAAUCUUGAACUUGCUGCCCGGCUGACAUGCUUCGAAACAGCGGUGACCGUCCUUCUGAGUACAGUGAUGUGCUUUACUGGCAAUCAGGACGACCAAAAGAAUGUCGAACGCUUGGUCCUGUCCGACACUCUGAAUCUCAUUGGUCAUCGUCUGGACGAGAUCCUGAAUCCCAAGGACCCGGCACUGGCAGAGGCGGUGGGGCCGGAAGCGAGAAAUAAUGCUCUAACCCUGACGAAAAAUGCCGUCGCGCUCGAAUGUCAAUGCUUGAAGGCGGAUUUUGAAAUUCUGAGCACAAAGGGACAUCUGCGACACGGGUCAAGCUCGUAUACACCGGAACUCUGGACUGCCAUCACCAACAACCUAAGAGAUAGCGAUCCUCACCUUUCCUCGGCAGCGCUACUGGGGAUAAUGGCUUUGCCAGGCCUUGAACAAAUUCGUAUCAGGGAAGGCUCAAGCGCGAUACAAGAAAAGAAGUCGUUUAAUUCCAUAUUUGACAAGCUCACUGGAAUGCUCGGAAAACUUCUCGAACGGAUUUCAGAGUUCAGCCCAUCUCAUCUCGACCUCUUGUUCAAAGCCCAAGAAACCAGCAUGCCUCUCAUUGCUGCUCUCUUCUCGCCCGACCAGAGCACGUAUCUAGCGGCCAUCGAUGUGGUCAAAAACAUCAGUGGAGAAUCUGGCCGGAAGGAAGCGUUGGCGCAUCUGUUUGGAGCAUUCCUCGGGACCACAAUCUACGGUGUUUGCUGGACCUUCCGGCGAAUAGCUAACUACAAAACAUUUGCUUCUGUACCACGGAUACUCAAGACCGGCAUGGAAAUCCUUGACAUUCUUUGCAAUCCUAUGGACGGCCAAUUGAGAAAAGCCAAGAUCUCAGGACGAGAUGCUUCUGCUAUCCAGAAUUAUUGGUCGUACCAGUGGAUUGCUCUUAGGGUUAUCUACAGUCAAACCGAACGAUGGUCACUAGAGCUCCAUAACAAAAGCCUCAUGAUUGAAGUUUGUCGAGAUGCCAUGCAAUACGCUGGAGCUCUUUUUGAGCAAUACGAUCUCUUCUCCAGUGUCAUCACGAGGGCAAAGCCGGAUAAGGCUCAAGAAAUUCCGAGGCUCCUACUGGAUUCAGAUGACCCUGGAAUAGGGUCGCCGUUGAGUACACUGGAUGCUAUGUCGAAGUGGCUGAGGCUACGUGACGAAUAUCUGGCUGAUACCCUAGUGUCACUCAUCACCAAUAUGUUGUACCGUCUGAAAGGGCAUCAGGUUCUGGUGACAGAAAGUGAAGGACUAGCAUACAUCCAGGAAGUCACGACAAAACAGUCCAUCAAGACUAUUCUUACUUCGUCUCAGAAGGCAAUACUAGUCCGAGCACUAGAAAAUUACUGGGGCCGACAAAUCGAGAGACACGUCCCUAAGAAGCAGUCCACUCUCGACCUGAAAGGAUGGACUGACUCUGCAGCUGUCACUCGAUCCGAAGCUUCUACGCCUGGGUCUCGAGAAGUCAGUGUCGACGAGUUCGGCGACGAUGACAUUGCAGAUGAAGAUCUUGUCGAGAUCGCUAGCAAGACACUCAACACUCACAAGACCAGCGUCACUGUCAAAGACAAGAAUCAGAUACGGUCGUUGCUUUCGCGACCGCAACCUGUGAAGCAAAACGCUGCGAAGUCAGCUUCGAUAGACAUUGCAGCCAGGAAGGCGCAAGAAGCCAAGGCCUUCAUUGAAAACCGCAAACGAGAGGUGGCCGCUCAGAAGUUAAGAGACAAGGAAGCUGCUCUGAAGCUCAGAGGCCGAGUGGGAGUUGGUCAGCAGACCGCUGGUCAAGGCUCCGGUCUCGCAGGCAUUGGGGUGGUAGGCAAGGACCACGCUGCCAGGGCUAGCAGUCUUAUGGUCUCGUCGGACUCUGAGUCUGAGACGGAUUCAGACGAAGAAUUGUUUGGCAAGCUACCUACAGCCCAAGGCCCGACGGUGCGCAGUCAAGCCGGCGUGAGGAAACCUAUGCCCGCUGGUCCAGUACGAAAAGUCAAACAAGUUCGCUCGCAGCGCGAUAUCAGAGCCCGGCUUGCCCCCGAUCUGACUGAUCUUCACCGGACGAUCCUUAGUUGGGAUUUCUUUGCAGACACCGAUCUUCCUCCUAAUUCGAUGAUGGAUGAUUACACUUUGGUAACAGAAACCUUCCGGAGUCCCCAGGAUUAUCAAAAGACCUUCGAACCGCUCCUCGUACUCGAAGGCUGGCAAAGCUUCCGAGCCGCUCGCGAAGAUGGCAAUUUCAAACCAUUUGAGGUGAAAGUUGCCAAUUCGUUGAUCGUUGACAAUUUUGUUGAGAUCAAUUCUCAAAUGUCUAUGGCAGAAGGCAGAGAUCUUGGAAUCGGGACCGCGGAUGUUGUUCUCCUGUCGAAAUCUAAGCAACCGGAUCGAGACUCGAGCGAGCCACAUUGCUUAGCACGUGUGAAGGAGAUUACCAGAAAGAAGGGUGAAGUCCAGGUCGUUUAUCGUGUCUGCGCGGCAGGCAACCCUCUGCGGCCGUUCUUGAACGAUAACGCAACCGUUUACGGUGUACAAGUUCUUUCCCUCACGCCACUGGAGCGAGAAUACGGCGCGUUGAUGGCACUGCAGUACUACGAUCUCUCCGAGGAGAUCAUCAGAGCCAAACCAUCGCCAAUUCUGGACUAUUCGGAUAAGGAUCUCGAACCCUUCAAGAAGACGUACAACGUCAAUCUAGCCCAGGCCAAAGCCAUCAAGUCAGCGCUUGACAAUGAUGCUUUUACCUUGAUCCAGGGUCCUCCAGGUUCCGGAAAGACGAAAACCAUUUGCGGACUGGUUGGUGCCAUGAUGACGGGCUUCGUUAAGAAGACGAAUACCAAUGCUCCUCGAUUGAAUACAGCAACAGGUCGUCCCAUCACGGCUCCUCCAGCCACAAAAAAGAUAUUGGUAUGUGCUCCCAGUAAUGCAGCUGUCGAUGAACUUGUCAUGAGAUUGAAGUUGGGUGUCACGCUCAUGGACGGCACAUUGGAAAAUUUGUCGGUGGUGCGUCUGGGGCGAACCGAUGCUAUCAACGCAAAUGUGAAAGACGUUACACUGGAGGAGCUCGUCAACGCUAAACUUAACUCCGCAGCACCAAAAGACCCUCGGGAAGACAUUCAUUCGGUCAUGAUGGAGCACAAGGCGGUAUCCGAAGAGCUGAACACGCUUCGUGAUCGGAUCAACGACCAGCGUGGCAAAGGCCAAACGGUGCCGAGCUCCGACGAGCAGCUCAUGGACGCCCUGAAACGCAAGAAAAAUGGAUUGAGUGCGAAGAUCGACGACAUGCGAGAACGCCAAAACACUGCCACUCGUGACAUGGAGCUCAGCCGAAAGAGAAUUCAGCAGGAGAUCCUCGAUUCAGCCCACGUUCUGUGCGCCACCCUCAGCGGAAGUGGGCACGAAAUCUUCCAAGGCUUGAAUAUCGAGUUUGAGACCGUCAUUAUCGAUGAAGCUGCUCAGUCAAUCGAACUUUCGGCGCUCAUUCCACUCAAGUAUGGAUGCUCAAAAUGCAUCCUGGUUGGUGACCCGAAACAACUACCGCCGACCGUCCUGUCUCGGGCUGCUGCCAAAUUCCAAUACGAGCAGAGCUUGUUUGCCCGUAUGGAGAACAAUCACAAAAAAGACGUGCAUCUCUUGGAUACCCAGUAUCGUAUGCAUCCAGAAAUCAGUCUCUUCCCGAGCAAGACGUUCUACGACUCUCGGCUCAAAGAUGGUGCUGGCAUGGCAAAACUCCGACACCGACCUUGGCACCACAGCGACAUUUUCGCUCCGUAUCGGUUCUUUGACGUGCAGGGCAUGAGCCAGGCUGCUACCAAGGGUCAUUCGCUCGUCAAUAUUGCUGAAUUGAAUGUUGCAAUGCAGCUCUAUGAUCGAUUGGUGAGUGACGUACCCAAGUACGAUUUCUCCCGCAAAAUUGGCAUCAUCACUCCCUACAAAGGUCAGCUGAAGGAGCUUAGGCUGCGGUUCAAGCAGCGAUAUGGCGAGGAUAUCACUUCCAAGGUCGAAUUCAACACCACCGAUGCUUUUCAAGGCCGAGAAAGUGAGAUCAUUAUAUUUUCUUGUGUCCGAGCCUCUACUCAAGGUAUUGGUUUCCUGAAAGACAUCCGCCGUAUGAACGUCGGUUUAACGAGAGCCAUGUGCUCGCUGUGGGUCCUUGGUAAUUCGCAGGCACUCAUGCAGGGCGAGUUUUGGCGGGCGCUUGUCAACGAUGCGAAGAGCAGAAAUGUAUACACGGAAGGAAACAUUACGAACCUGCUUCGACGGCCACUCUUGACUGAGGAUAUGAUGAAAGACGACGUGGACAUGAUGGAAGUUGAUGGACGAGACUCCGAGGUCGGCCGUCCCUCAGUUUCCCGCCACGACUCUGGCAUGGACAUUGAUCGACCAAGAUCCGAGGCUGUACGACCUCCUGCUAGCCGUCAAAACUCAGCUGCGGAAACACCGAAACCAACACCGAUAAGAAGAGAUGAACCUCGUUCAAGGCUUUCGUCGAAUCAAACCACGCCUUUACCUUCCAGGCCAGGCAGUAGUGCUUCUCAUGAUUCCAUCGCCUCGACAUCCUCGAGUGCUGAGCUGAGACGUUCAGAUUUGGCACGUCCCGAGGGCACGAGAGAGCCGUCUAGACCAGAUCUCAAGAGCGAAUCGAGACCGCUGCCGCCCAAGCCAGGGCCAGAAGUCCACACAGACCGUGAGCAUUUUGGGUCCGAUCAACCUAGAUCGGGUGUUUACGGUCCUUCAGGCGGUAGGACUGGUUUGAACGAUCUGGCCAACUGUACGAUAUGCGGCUCUUAUGAGCACUUCAGCUUCAACUGCGACAACGAAGAGGCCAAAGCUGCUGCUAUGGGAAACUGUCACCGCUGUCAUAGCGGCGGACACAGCUACUCGAGCUGCUCUGCACCUCGAUGUAUCUCGUGCGGCGAAGUUGGGCACACUACUGACAAAUGUGUGGCGCCUAUUAAGUAUAGGUUGACCAAAGCCCAACAAGCCGAGGUGCAGAAACAGGAGAUUCGCUUUGGAAAUGCUAGGGACAAGGCACGAGAAAGACGGGCCGAGAAGCAGCUGGGUGAGCACGGGGCAAAGAUUCCAACCGUAAAGAGCACGGCUUCGCCUCUCAAUGGUGCAGCACACCAGGCGAAGAGAAAGAGAGAUGCAUCGAGUGAUUCUUCUGAUCGAGGUAAUCUGCCGAAGAGAGAUAAGGUCGCCAUGCAUGGCCCUGCUGGUGGUGUGCCGAAGGGUGGUGCUACUACCAGCCAGGGCUUUUCUCGUCCUCCACCAACGGGACCUGCAGGCCUACCUCCCAGACCACCCGGGGGGCCAGGCGGUCGGCCUCCAGCCGUGAACCAUGGGCCGCCGAUGGUUCGAAAGAAGAAGACCAAUGCGGAUGAUAUGUUUAUGAAACGAAGAUGAGCACAACGACCAAAAAUUUCAGCGAACAUUCUUGCAUUUUCGCGCAAGCAUCAUACUGACCCUUUGCCAUGAGCAGAGGUGAGCUUGGAUAUUUCAAAUAUCACGAAUGGAGCGUAUGGCGAUCCAAAAGUUCUGGGCACGCCAUCUACGGACGAUGGAUAUUAGACAGGAGCACGGCGUUUACAUAUGGCAAUGGUGGACCUUGACCGGGGGCUAGCUACCCUGAGGCUGUAUAAUUGGAACUGAGCAUUGAGCAUUGCGGUUAGCACAGCAUAGCAUAGCGACGGGCGUUGUUGCCAAUGGAAUCGAAACAGAGAUCUGCGCCGAAGGAGGCGUCUGAAACAUUG